AUGAUUGUCUCUACUCUUAUUACUCUUGCUGCUAUUCUUCAGCUGGGCUCUUGCGUGAAUCUUUGCUCUUUCCCAGUCGGAGUGUCGCCGGGAUGCGAUCUAAGCAAAACUUACAUUUGUUGCAACAAUAUCAGCGAAGAUUCAUGCUGCGGUUUCGACAAUUCGGACGGUCAAAACACAGGACUCGGCGGAUCAGUGCUCACUGAGAGUUUGCCUACUAGCGGCUCCUCGGUACCAGCCGCUGAGGCAAAUAUUUACAGUGAUACUUGCAAUAAUGCUAUUGGCCGGAUCACUUACAAUGGUUGCAUAACCUUCUCUGGUGGGAAUCGAGCUGCCAGUGCAGGAUGGUUCUAUCUAAACAAUCGUCGAAGGUCAUUAAGCGACGCCCGCGACACCAACGAUACGUUGCAGACCAAUUGCCAGGCACCAAACAUGGCAUCCUAUACGACCAAAGAUGGAAUCCAACGGAGGAUUGCUAUUCCCGACGGACAUGAUGACGAUGUUUUGGAAGGUGUUUUGAGCAACAACUAUACCAUUUUAGACACCUACCCCAAAUAUGCCGACUAG